AUUUCGUGGGUGAUUGUUCCUGUCUCUGUGUAGUGUUCACCAGAUAGGCUGUAAUUAGGUUUUGUAUUUAUUAGUUAUUUCAUCAUGUAUCGUCAUUUGUUUCAUUAAAGUCAUGACAAAGUCGACAAACGAAGAACGCCGUUACACAGGUGGGUGAUUGACUGUACAGGCAGUGAAUGCUAGAUGCCCCUGUCACUGACCCUACGCUGUCAACAGCAGAAGAGCAGAUAACUACAUCUAUCUGGCCAUUGUUAAGUUGACAGGACCAUCCUGGAUUGUGUACCACAGUGGAAUUACCAUACUAUUGGUCAGCAGACGAAUAAUGGACAUGUACAAGGAUUCCUCAUCUAUGGAUUUCAAUGGAGUGAUUUUUGUCUGACCAAAACAUUUUCUAUAGAAGGCCAAGGCUUUCCCUACAAAAUAUAAGGAGCUAGUAUUGUGGUCACAUUUGAACUGAGAUGUUGUUUUCCAACGGCUUGAAGUGGAGCCUGUAAUUGUGAUGAAGACACGGCCUGUUUCUGUUCAUCAGAGGAACCCAGUGUUCAUCCUGUUAUAGCCAAGAAAUCUCCAGGGGAGAAAUUAUUCUCAGACAUCCCUUGGAAAUCUGAAUUUUCAACAAGGGGCUUCUCUGUUUUUCCCUUCCCUCCGCUUCCCUGAAAAUUUCAUUUUUGUCUACCACUACACCAUGUAUCUAUCGAUGCAGAAGAACUUCAGGGCAUUUACUGUGUUCGCCUUUAUUGUAACUUUCACCAUGUUCCUCUUCGGUUUCACGUUGAGAGAUCCCUCUCUGUACUUCUUCAAAUACACCAUACACAAGUCGGACAGCUUCUUCUCUAAUGGCCAGUGUGGCUGUCGACAGUGUAUGACAGAGCUGGAAGACGACCCCUGGUUCACUGAGCGGUUCAACCUGUCAGUCCACCCUCUGCUGUCUAGGAGGAACAGCCUGCUGACUAAUGACACAUACCGCUGGUGGCAGCGCUUGCAGUAUCAUAAGGACCCGGCUGACUUCAGCGAGGUGGUGGAGAAGUUGUUCCAGGUCAUCCCUGAUAAUGAUAACCUCUACAAGGACGCGGGGCCUGAGCGCUGUAGGACCUGUGCUGUGGUGGGGAAUUCUGGGAACCUCAAGGGCUCCCGCUACGGACCCCUCAUCGACUCCAGUGAUGUCAUCAUCAGAAUGAACAUGGCUCCAACCUCUGGCUUUGAGGAGGAUGUUGGGAGCCGGACUACACAUCACGUCAUGUACCCAGAGAGCGCUAUAGAUCUGGACAACACCACAUUUCUUCUGCUCAUCCCCUUCAAGACUCUGGACCUGCAAUGGAUCACCAGUGCCUUGACCACCGGCUCCAUCGAAAAAACAUACGUUCCGGUCCGGUCCAGGAUUAAGGCAAACAAGAACAGGGUGUUGAUAUACAGCCCAGCCUUCUUUAAAUAUGUCUAUGACACAUGGCUAGAGAGUCAUGGCCGGUAUCCCUCCACUGGCUUCCUCAGCCUAUUUUUUGCCUUGCACAUCUGCGAUAAGGUGAGUGUGUAUGGGUUCGGAGCGGACCAGUAUGGGAACUGGCACCACUACUGGGAAAAGAAUUACCACGGAGGCGAAUUCCGCAAAACCGGGGUGCAUGAUGCGGACCAUGAGAACAACGUCACCCUGCUUCUGGCUGAUAAACACAAAAUUGAUAUUUUCAAAGGCUUCUGAUAUCUGGAAAUGUCAUUGGCCUGAGACCAUCAAGCCUCAUCAGCCUAAAUCCUGUUGACUCAGGGAUUACCCACUGGGGAUAAACUGGUUGAAAUAACAUUGUUGCACGUCCAAUUUUUCAGUUUUUGAUUU